AUGCUGGCAGAGGAGAGCGGCAGAAGGGACUGCUCUCGGGACCGCCGCGGCCGCCCCCUCCGUGUUCCUCGGGCACUUCUCGGGACUGGAGACUCGGCGUCGCCGCCCAGCUCCGGCGGGCUGCAACAGUUAGCUCCCGGCCCCAGCCUGGUCCGUUGGGCGCGCGAGCGGCGGCGGGCGGGCGGGCGCUCCUCCCCCGUGCCUGCCCCGGGCGGGCGCGCGCCCCGCCCGCCGCUCGCGCGCGCCCGCGUCCUGUCCCGGCGCCCGCGCCGCCGCCCCGGACGCGAGCGGGGGACCCCGCCGACUGAGCGUGCCAGGACCGGGGAGAGCGCGGCCGGGGCCUCCCAGAGACCGGCCGGGGCCGGCAGUGGAGGGCGGGGUCCCCUCCGGAUGGAAGGAGACAAGCCCGCCAACCUGGGACCCCAGGCGCGCAGGUUCCCUUUGGGGGGUGGGCCCUUGGACUGUCCGAACUGUGACCGGGUAAGGACCAGCCACCGCCAUGGUCAUGGCAAAGGAUUCCGUAACCACCGUGCCUGGGUCUGCCCUCAACAGCAACGUGGAAUCUUGGGCCACGCAGCAGGCCGGGGAGAUUGGCCGCGGCUCUUUGGAAGAAGCGUGCACGUGGAGUGCUCUCCGGGAGCAUCCGAAGCAGCAACUGUAUCUAUGACACAAUUCCACCGUACUUUUUACAAAAAGCAACCGAUAAAGCCAGCCUGCCUGCAAAGAAGGCUGCGCUUCCAUCCAUGUCCUACAUUUUCCUGAAACAGGCCCCAUGCAAGGAAGACUGCAGAAGUCCCGCACCGUCUGUGACUAAGGGUUCGUUCUUAGAAAUACUUCUUGUUCACAGAUACAAAUCACAUUCUCCAACAUUAGUUUCAUCCAAAAUAAAGGUUAUAUCUCAAGAGGCAAAAUAGCAUAGUGGUUAUAGGUGUGUAGACACUGGAGCCAAACUGGUUAAUACCCCAGAUUUGCCACUCAAUAUAACCAUGUGACUUGGGGCAAGUCACUCAACUUCCCUGUGCUUCAAUUUCUCCAUCUACAAAAUGGGACUAACGGUCUCUACUCAUAGAGUUGUCAUGAAGAUUUAGGUCGUACAUAUAAAGCACCUGGAACAGUGCCUGUUGCAAAAUAAGUGCUCU